AAAAACAAUCUUGGUUAGAGGAUGAAAUUAUAAAAACUUCCAAAUCAAAGAGAUUUACAGGAGUUGGGUGAUUCUCCUAUUUAUACACAUCUAUCUAUCGCCAGUGUUUACUCAUUGUAUACUCGCCUUUUACUUCUCAUUUCUCCAGUUUUUUCCCUUCUUUUUAAGGGGAAUUGAAAUGGAUUCUGCAGCUCUUCACGAGGAGAUCGAUUCGUUCUUCGAGUCAGCUCCUCCUCUCAAAGAUUCCGCUAAAAUCACUGACAAAUUGAAUCAGUUCAUCCAAUUUGAUUCUCCUUCUGGAGAAUUCAGAGGGAGGAGGGUUGUGUGCGUGACAUCAGGCGGAACUACGGUUCCUCUGGAGCAGCGGUGUGUUCGGUAUAUUGAUAAUUUUAGUUCAGGGAAUAGAGGAGCGGCUUCUACAGAGUAUUUUAUUAAGGCUGGAUAUAAGGUUAUCUUUUUGUAUCGGAGGGGAACCUGCCAGCCGUAUUGCAGGUCUCUUCCUGAGGAUCCUUUGCUGGAAUGCUUUGAGCUCGCUGAUGAUUUCAAUUUUCAAGUGCGGCAAUCACAUUCUGAAGCAGUGAAGGGGGCCAUUAGAGAUCAUCAUGCUGCAGUAGCAGAUGGUCUCCUUUUGAAGCUACCCUUUGCAACCAUAUUUGAGUAUCUUCAGAUGUUAAAGAUCAUUGCCUCAUCAAUGAGAACCCUUGGACCUCAUGCAAUGUUUUAUCUUGCUGCUGCUGUCUCUGAUUUUUAUGUUCCUUGGAAGAGCAUGGUAGAGCACAAGAUUCAGUCAGCAUCUGGCCCUUUGGACAUGCGACUUAUGCAAGUGCCAAAGAUGCUCUCAGUGUUAAGGACGGAAUGGACUCCCAAGGCUUUCUGCAUAUCCUUCAAGCUUGAGACAGAUUCAAAAAUUCUCCUAGAGAAGGCCAUUAUGGCUCUGAAAAAGUACAAAAUGCAUGCAGUUGUAGCCAAUGAGCUUUUGACCCGGAAAGAGGUGGUCACAGUUGUCACAGAUAAUGGAAAUAUUUCAGUUCACCGGGAUAAGACUUGGGCUGGGUCUGAUGUGGAGGAUCCACUGAUUGAACUCCUUGUGAACCGACACUCAACUUACAUAAAAGAUCCUAGCACUUGAUCUUGUCUCUAGGCAAGCAGGAGAUCCCUUGAUAUAUUCAACAUAUCUUUCAUAAACACACGUUACGUUUAUCCUUUGAAGGUAAUCUAACAUAAACACAGUUUUUGUUUACUGUUACAAAGUCUGUAACAAAUUGUUUUCAUUUCCAACACUGUUACUAAGUCUAUAACCGAUUAUGGCUAAUCUCUGUUAGCCAAAGCUUCUGUUUCAUUUCCAUCUUAAGAAAAACAAUGAGUAAUAAAUGCCAUUUAGAAUUUUCCUA